AGCCCGGGUUCCUCCUUGUCCUGUCCUGCCGGGGGUGGAUUUCUGCUAGACAAGCCAAUGAACAGAAGCUCAUUUAUGUAUGUAUGUGGUGAGGAGGAAACUUACUGCAGAGUCUCCCCACCUCUUCCUGCAAAAUGUUAGCUCUCGUUCGCACCAAUCCCUUCGGGUCCUGAAUGGAAAGGAGUGAGCAGCAGCGGAGCGGGGCUGUGGGAGCUGCUGAUGUGAGCGGCGCUCCCUGGCUCUGCUGCACACCUCGCAAACACUCGCUGCCACCUCAGCUGAGCUACCGAGAGAAGCAAAAGCCGCUGCCCGCGCCUUUCUUCAGCAAACCUCGGGUGCUCCUUCGGAGAGGCAGGGCUGAGCCCUCUGCUAAUGACUGACAUCACCGAGGAAAUAGGCUUGUUUGUUUUUUUCUUUUUGGCUGCAUUUCCCCCCGCACCGGCAGUAUCUCGAUGGGGAAGCUGAUCUCCAAAGGCUGGAGGAAAAGAGACGCUCGAGUUAUCAUGCUGGGGCUCGACUUCGCUGGCAAAUCCACCCUUCUGUACAAACUGAAGAGCGGCCAGGCUGUGGAGACCUGCCCCACGGUGGGAUUCAACGUGGAGUCUCUGAGAACUCCCUGUGGCAUUUCCUUCACCCUCUGGGAUGUGGGGGGACAAGACAGCCUGCGGGCCAGCUGGCCGAACUACCUGGAGGACAUCAACACCCUCAUCUUCGUGCUGGACAGCACGGACACGGCCCGGCUGGCCGAAGCCAUGGCAGAGCUGGAGGAGGCCCUGAGGCACCCCGGCAUGGCUGGCACCCCCGUGCUGCUCCUGGCCAACAAGCAGGACGUGCCGGGAGCGCUGGCUCCUGCCCAGCUCGGGGAGAUGCUGCGGCUGGGGGGGCUGGCCAGGCACCGCUGGAUGCUCCGGGGCUGCAGCGCCCACACCGGCCAGGGCCUGCAGGAAGUGCUGGCCAUCCUGGGAAUGCUGCUGCGGGGCUCGGGGCACAGCUCCCUGUCCCAGGAGCAGCUCAUCGCGGAGCUGGCGGAGAGGAGGCAAGCUCCAGAGCAAACCUGACCCUCACACGGACCCCUCCCUCUCCCGGCUGCCAGCAGGUUUGUCGCGGGGGAUCCCGGCCUCCAGGCACCCCUACAAGGAGCAGAGCUGCAGCUGGGACACUCGGUGGUGUCGGGAUCUCUCGCUGCUCAGAGUGACCCCGAGAAAUGUUAGAAAGUCUCUUUUCCCAGCCCGGUGCUUGAAGAAGGAGUCAGAGCUCUUCAUUUCUUGGUCUCAAGGUUGUUUUUUGUAUCUUAUCUAUAAAAUUCUUUCCCCUGUCCUGCCCAGGUCCAUCCAGCAGGACAGUCCAGGCACUCUGGCUGCCCCCAGGGUGGUGUUAUGUCUUUAUACUAAAAAUUACAUAUACAAUAUUUACAAUUACUGUCCAAUAACUAUUACCUAUGUUAGACAGUAAUGUUCCACUCUAAGUCAAUCUAAAAGUGCCAACAUCACAGCAGAAGAUGGAGGCCAAGAAGAAGAAGAAGAAGAAAGGCUGGACACACCCAGAUCCCUCUGUCUUGCCCCCUUGAAUUCCCAUUCUAAAAACCCCAAAAUCUACUUUUUCACCUUGUGAUAAAUUCACUAUCAUUCUACUUAGUUUGUCAUGGCUUGCUGAUCUUCAUCUAAGGUCAGUAACUUGCUCCACGGGUCAUAAUCAAAGCCACAGGCAUUUUGGGCUCUGUGCCAGGCUCUGAGCCCCCUGGCAGGGGUCUUGGCUGCUCAGGACAGCCAGAGGGAUGUCCUGGGUCCUGACAUGGGAAACACCCAGCUCCUCACCACCAAAACCCACCAGGAGGAUCUCCGAGCAAAACUCCCAUCAAGGAGCAGGUUUGGCCACAUCUCUUAGACUCCUAUCUCCGGCUGCAGCUUGUCCCACUGUCACCAUGCUCCACUCAUCCACUGCACUUUUGUGUCCAGAGGUUCAGCAAGGAUGCUUUUAAAUAUCUAAUAAUUUUAACAGAGAGGUGUGCAAGGAACAGAAGUUUUCUUCAUUCUGCAGCUCUCAGGCCAGAUACAUCUAUCCAGAUGGGAUGAUCCUCACAUGGAGGGAGCUUGGAUGUGCCCCAUGCUCCUCCUCUCUCAGCCUGGAUCACAUGUUCAUUGGCUGGGAACGCAGGAAAGCACUGAAAGGAAUGGCUGGAUGGGAGCAGUGUAAGCUCAGGACAUCAAGUGGGCAAGCAACUAAUUGGUUUUAGUGUGGCAUCUCCAGGUAUAAUAAUCUUCAAGCCAUGGAAACAAGCUGGGAUUUGAUGGUGUAAUGCAGUUUGAGGAUGUGUGUAUAUUAAUUUAUGCAUUUCUUGUAAUGGUUCUUUCUUUCUCCAUUCAUCAUUUUUUUCAAAGAAUUAUUUCAUGGAAAUGGUCCCUCAUUUUCCUUGGAUUAUGCUUAAAUAUAAAAAAAACAGACCUGACUUUUAGAUGCUUGGAAAUAUGUCACCAUGGCCAGUCAACCUCUAAAUAUCCUCAUGGUGGCCUGAACAGCCAAGACAAACCCUGUUUCUCAGGCUUUUGAGACUGCAUGAGACCACUCCACAUGCACUGGCUGGUGACCAUGGGCACCUCUGGGCACAGACACUCAGCUCUGUUCAGGGCAAAGGAAAACACCUGUGCAGCUCACAGCAGGACCAGGUCCCAUGUGGCAGUGAUGGUCUUUGUCCAGUCCUGCUCAACCUAACAUUGGAAAGAUGUAUAAAAUGUGUAUCCAAGGUUCUGUGAUCCAGAGUUAAAAUUAAAAUAUUUCAUAGUA